AUGUCUAGCUCAUCUGCUCCAUCAAUUGAAAUUUUCACCCCUUUAUAUAUCUUUUUAAAAACCACAUCUUUAGAUAAAAUUACCAUUUCCAAUAUAAUUACUCAACAAUGGGAAUGUGUCAAAAUUAAGGAUAAAGAACUGAUGAAUAAAUAUCUAGACAUUAAUAAGUAUAAUAAGAUUGAAAAGUAA